AUGGUGGAAAUUACGGAUUUACCGGAACCCAUCUUGCAAGACAUAGUGUCAUGGAUGAAAUCCGACGAUGCCAUCGAAGCAAGCUUGUGUUGUAAAACAUGGUUCCGUGCUUGGCUGACCCGACCAAAUUUGGAGAUUCAGGAUUUGGAGAUACGGAGGUAUUCGUUUGUAAUCGCCAACGGUCAGCUUCCCUGUCUUAAGAGAUUAUGUUUUCUCGGAAGGUACACGAGCUGUCAACGUUUGGAAGUCGAAUCGCCUAGCCUUGAGUCUCUUACAGUGUGUCGCGAUAGCGUUUGGCUCAUUUUACAUCCAUACCGUGAUGACCGGGGCAUAUCAUCAACACUCAAAAUCGCAAGCUCUUUCUAUCGAGAGGUGGUUUUGGUUGAUGCUCCUAAGCUGAACGAAUUUGUGUAUGAUGGUUACACUAUUCCUCAACAUGUUAGUAGUGCCUUAAGGCAAUGGACUUCUACAAUCAAGAUUUUGCUUUCUCAAAAAAUGGAUAACUCGUGCUUCUACAAAUUGAAGGGACUGAUAACAGAAUUGAACCACUCUAAGCUUUCUUUAGACCUGAAUUAUCGCGGGUGUUCUAUCGAAUUCGAUAUCAAAGGGGUGAUAGCUGAUGGUCUAAUGUUUCUUCCUUGUCCUAGUGUCGAGCGUUUAUCCCUGAAAGGCUCUGGGGAUGAGGAAUCAUUAACGUCUAUGUUGGAUGGCUUUUUUUGGGGCUGUCGUCCUAAACUUUUAAGCCUGAAAUGGAGUUGCCUGGGAGGCAUUAUUGACUACAAAGACUCCCCCUUGGAGAGAGUAAUGAAGGGGCAACAUGGAGAUCUUCGUCACGGUUCCAUUAAGUUUUGGCAGCAAAGCUUGAAGAGUGCGAAACUUGAGGUUCUUGAUCAUCGCAAGCACAAAGUGGUCCACUUCUUUUACUUGCUAGACUGGGAGACAUCAAUCACAACACAAUAA